AUGUUUCAUGAGUUGAACGUCACUAAUUCUUCUCAACAUUUAUUUCAUCGUACAUUGCAAAAAAUUGGUGUUUAUUAUAUGAUCCUUAUCUUUGGAUUAGGCUUUAUUGGAAAUUCAAUAUCCUGUUUUAUAUUUACUCGAAGUAAAUUACGGCGAUUAGGUUGUAGUUCUUAUUUGACAGCUUUAUCAUUAUCAGACAAUGGAUAUCUGUUAUGCCUUGCUAUCAUAUGGUUAGAAAAUGUAAGAAUUUAUAUUUUUCAUUAUAAUGGAAUUUGUCAAGCCACCGUAUAUUUAACAACAGUAUUCAGUUCAUUAUCCGUUUGGUUUACAUUAGCCUUCACCACCGAACGUUUUGUUGUUGUUGCUUAUCCUCUCAAACGUCAUUAUUAUCGUUCAACUACUCGUGCUCGUGUUGUCAUAUUUUGUUUAACCGUUAUUGCUGGCGUAUUAUAUUCAUCGUCAUUAUGGACAAACGGUAUUGAAAUUAUCAAUGCCACAACGACUGUUCUACCCGUAUAUGGUAGUCGAUGUGUCACUAUUCGUGAAUGGCUUAAAUUCACUCGUCGAAUGAACAUUUGCGACGUUUUUCUUACAUUUAUUUUACCUUUUAUCGGUAUUGUGACAUUUAAUUUACUUAUUAUAUACAAAUCAGGAAAUUAUGAUCGUCUAUUAGAAAAAAAUCAUAUACAAUCAUCAUCGGCUGGUUUAAAAAAUUUAGUUAAACAUCGACUAAAACGAUCAACAUAUCAUAAACGAAUAACAAGAAUGUUAUUGAUUAUUAGUUCUACAUUUUUACUAUUGAAUACACCGAUGCAUGUAUUAAAAAUAUAUUAUUUUUUCUUCAGUCCACCAAACGUUGAUGAUAAAACAUCAAAUGAAAGUAUUAUCGAACAGUUUACAUUUUAUCUAUUUUAUACUAAUUUUAGUAUUAACUUUUUUCUCUAUUCACUUUGUGGAAAAAAUUUUCGAACAUCUCUCUCGACACUAUUUCAUUUUCGAACACUGACAACAAAAAAAGUGAAAGGUGUCGAUGACGGUAUGGGAAUAACAGAGAAUCAUCUUUAUAAUAAUCCUAAUAACAGUAGUACAGCAAGUCAUGAACAAAUGACAACAACAAUAGGUGGUGGUGAUCAACGUUUACGUAAUGAUAGUAAACGAUAUUUAUCAGCAACUAUAAAAUAUCAUCAUAAUACAAAACAGAAAAAAAAAUCAUUAAAAGUUGAAUUAAUACCAUCAUUACAAUCACAUUAUUCACAAUUAUCAGUCAAAUAA